GGCACGGAAGGAUAUCGAAAACAGAUCAACAGACUCAUGGAUUUGGCUGCCUACUUUACGGCAAAAAUUCGUCAAACUGAAGGAUAUGAACUUGUAAUCGAUCCGCCCGAAUAUUUGAAUAUCUGCUUUUGGUACAUUCCACCAAGCAUUAGACACAUGGAUCCGGCCGAGAAGAAAGCUCGUCUUGAGAAGAUCGCACCGAAGAUAAAGGCAAAGAUGAUGGAACGUGGCACGACGAUGGUUGGCUAUCAACCCGACAAACAGCGGCCAAAUUUUUUCAGAAUGAUCAUUUCAAAUCAAGCGAUCACCAGACAGGAUUUGGAUUUUCUUAUUCAAGAAAUCAUUGAGAUCGGUAAAGAUAUGUAG